AUGCUGUUGCUUGCAGACAUCCUGUUGCUUGUCUUGUUUGCUGGAGCCGGGACGCCCAUCUGUCGACCAUAUGGAAUGCAAGAUCUUUCACAUUUUUCUAAAGAGGGUGACAUCAUAAUAGGAGGCAUUUUUUCAUUUCACCAAAAUCCAGUAAGUGUGGAUCCAACACUUCAGGUCAACCCAGGAAAUAUUCAAUGUGAAGGGCUGGAUCCAGGAGAACUGCAAUACGCUCAAACGAUGAUCUUCGCCAUUGAAGAGAUUAACAACCACUCAGAGAUUCUCCCUGGCAUUUCAUUGGGCUACAGGAUAUAUGACUCCUGUCCAAGCAUUCCUCUUUCUGUAAGGGCAUCCCUGGCUCUCAUGAAUGGGUAUGAGGAUGGUUCAAAGAGCUGUGUCAAACCUUCAACCGUCCAUGCCAUAAUAGGAGAGACAACAUCAACUUCAACCAUAGGUAUUGCAAGAACUGUGGGACCAUUCCACAUACCUGUGCUCAGUCAUUCAGCCACCUGUGCAUGUCUCAGUAACAGAAAGGAGUACCCCACUUUCUUCAGAACCAUUCCUAAUGACUACUACCAGAGCAGAGCCCUAGCAAAGUUGGUCAAACACUUUGGGUGGACCUGGGUUGGUGCUAUCAGAACCAACAGUGACUAUGGCAACAACGGAAUGGCUACAUUUCUAAAAGCAGCCAAGAGUGAGGGUGUCUGUGUAGAGUACUCAGUGGCCAUCUACAGAACAGAUCCUCGGAAUAAAUUUCUGGAGGUGGUGGAGCUCAUUAAGAAAUCAACUUCAAAAGUGAUUGUUGCUUUUGCAGAUGGCACAGACUUGGACAUCCUCAUCAAAGAACUCUUCCUGCAGAACGUGACAGGUUUUCAGUGGGUGGGCAGCGAAGGCUGGAUCACAUACAGGUACAUUGCCUCUCCGGUAAGCUAUGCUGUGGUGGGAGGGGCCAUUGGCUUUGCUGUCCCAAACGCACACAUACCAGGGCUGAAGGAGUUUAUCAUGAACACCCGUCCAUCGACCGUGCCUGGUAACAUGGGCUUGGUGGAGCUCUGGGAGAGUGUUUUCAGCUGUACUUUAACGCCUCACAAGGACACCAACAUGAAGCCCUGCACUGGGGCGGAGUCUCUGCAGGGAACAAGCACCCGCUACACAGAUGUAACAGAUGCCAGCCUUCUGAACAAUGUGUACAAGGCUGUGUACGCUGUGGCCCACUCACUGCACAGUCUCAUCAGGUGCAAGCCAGGGCAAGGACCGUUCCUGAACAAUACCUGUGCAGACAAAACCAAUAUAGAACCUUGGCAGCUGCUCCAUUAUUUGACCCAGGUCAACUUCACAACUAAACAUGGGGAGAUGAUUAAUUUUGAUGAACAGGGCGACCCAGCAGCGAGGUAUGCUCUGGUCAACUGGCAACUCAGUCCACAGGGUGAAAUUUUGUUCGAGAUGGUUGGACUUUAUGACGCCUCUCUGCCAGAGGGGCAGCAGUUUUUGAUGAAUGAAGAUGUUGCGGCUGUCUGGGCAGGAGGUCGGCGAGAGGUGCCUACCUCAAUCUGCAGUGAAAGCUGUCUUCCUGGGACACGGAGGGCCUUCGUGAAAGGAAAACCCAUUUGCUGUUUUGAUUGCAUUCCUUGUGCAGAUGGCGAGUUCAGCAAUACUACCAAUGCAUUGACAUGUGUUCCAUGCCCUCCGGAAUACAAGUCAAAUGAAGAAAGAAAUCGUUGCAAUUUGAAAAGCAUUGAAUUCCUGACCUAUGAUGAACUGAUGGGGAUACUGUUGGUGGCAUUCUCUGUAAUUGGAGGUUGUCUUACUAUCACAAUAGGCAUAAUAUUCUUUGUACAUAAAGACACACCCAUUGUGAAAGCCAACAACUCUGAGCUCAGUUUCCUGCUGCUCUUCUCAUUGAAACUGUGUUUCCUUUGCUCCCUCACCUUCAUUGGUCGGCCCUCUGAGUGGUCCUGUAUGCUGCGCCACACAGCAUUUGGGAUCACCUUUGUCCUCUGCAUCUCUUGUGUUCUGGGGAAGACAAUAGUGGUCUUAAUGGCCUUCAGGGCUACACUUCCAGGCAGUAAUGUCAUGAAGUGGUUUGGGCCUCUGCAGCAGCGAUUGAGCGUUCUUGCUUUCACUCUCAUUCAGGUCCUUAUUUGUAUCCUUUGGUUAACAAUAUCCCCUCCUUUCCCCAAUAAGAAUAUGCAGCACUACAAAGAAAAGAUCAUUCUGGAGUGUGAUGUAGGAUCAGCAGUGGGGUUCUGGGCUGUGCUGGGUUAUAUUGGUCUCCUCUCUGUCCUGUGCUUUGUGCUGGCUUUUCUGGCUCGUAAGCUGCCUGAUAACUUCAAUGAAGCCAAAUUCAUCACAUUCAGCAUGCUCAUAUUCUGUGCCGUCUGGAUUACUUUUAUACCAGCUUAUGUCAGCUCACCUGGAAAGUUUACUGUAGCUGUGGAAAUAUUUGCAAUUUUAGCAUCCAGCUAUGGAAUGCUUUUUUGUAUUUUCUUUCCGAAAUGUUACAUUAUUUUACUGAAACCAGAGAAAAACACCAAAAAACAUUUGAUGGGCAAAACAAAAUGA